AUGGGCAAGUUGUCUAGGAGAGGUGCCAGUGAAACUAUAGGUGUGGGCAGUGGGGGAUCACUUCUACCAAAGGAAAAUAAUGAUGAGGAUGAGGAUAAAAAUGAGGAGGAUUAUGGUGUGGCAAUGAUUGGAAACCUGGAAGACUUCUACCACUUUCAUCAUAGUAAGACCUUUAAAAGAUCGACCUUGAGUAGCAGAGGCCCUCACACCUUCCUCAGAAUGGACCCCCAGGUGAAAUGGCUGCAACAACAAAAAGUAAAGCGCAGGGUGAAGAGACAGGUGCGAAGCGACCCUCAGAUCCUUUAUUUCAAUGACCCCAUUUGGUCCAACAUGUGGUACAUGCACUGUGGUGAUAAGAACAGUCGCUGCCGGUCAGAAAUGAACGUCCAGGCGGCGUGGAAGCGGGGCUACACGGGAAAAAAUGUGGUGGUCACCAUCCUGGACGACGGCAUCGAGAGGAAUCACCCAGACCUGGCUCCAAAUUAUGAUUCUUAUGCAAGUUAUGACGUCAACGGAAAUGAUUAUGACCCAUCUCCUCGAUAUGAUGCCAGCAAUGAAAAUAAACAUGGCACGCGCUGUGCAGGAGAAGUUGCCGCUUCAGCAAACAACUCGUACUGCAUCGUGGGCAUAGCAUACAAUGCAAAAAUAGGAGGCAUCCGCAUGCUGGACGGCGAUGUGACAGAUGUGGUUGAAGCCAAGUCCCUGGGCAUCCGACCCAACUACAUCGACAUUUACAGUGCCAGCUGGGGACCAGAUGAUGACGGGAGGACAGUGGACGGGCCCGGCCGCCUGGCUAAACAGGCUUUCGAGUAUGGCAUUAAAAAGGGCCGGCAGGGCCUGGGCUCCAUUUUCGUCUGGGCCUCUGGGAAUGGUGGGAGAGAAGGGGACUAUUGCUCCUGUGAUGGCUACACCAACAGCAUCUACACCAUCUCCGUGAGCAGCACCACCGAGAAUGGCUACAAGCCCUGGUACCUGGAGGAGUGCUCCUCCACCCUGGCCACCACCUACAGCAGCGGGGCCUUCUAUGAACGGAAAAUUGUCACCACAGAUUUGCGUCAGCGCUGCACCGAUGGCCACACCGGGACCUCAGUCUCAGCCCCCAUGGUGGCCGGCAUCAUCGCCUUGGCUCUAGAAGCGAAUGGCCAAUUAACCUGGAGAGACGUCCAGCACUUGCUUGUGAAGACUUCCCGGCCGGCCCACCUGAAGGCAAACGACUGGAAACUGAACGGGGCUGGGUAUAAAGUUAGCCAUCUCUAUGGAUUUGGCUUGGUGGAUGCAGAAGCUAUUGUCCUGGAGGCAAAGAAGUGGACAGCAGUGCCCUCGCAGCACAUGUGCGUAGCCACCUCGGACAAGAGGCCCAGGAGCAUCCCUAUAGUGCAAGUGCUGCGGACCACGGCCCUGACGAAUGCCUGCGCCGACCACUCAGACCAGCGCGUGGUCUACUUGGAGCACGUGGUGGUCCGCAUCUCCAUCUCGCACCCGCGCCGGGGAGACCUCCAGAUCCACCUAGUUUCCCCCUCAGGAACCAAGCCUCAACUUUUGGCAAAGAGAUUGCUGGAUUUUUCAAAUGAAGGAUUUACAAACUGGGAGUUUAUGACUGUGCACUGCUGGGGAGAAAAGGCCGAGGGGGAAUGGACCUUGGAAAUCCAAGACCUGCCAUCUCAGGUCCGCAACCCAGAAAAACAAGGGAAGCUGAAAGAAUGGACCCUCGUUCUGUACGGCACAGCAGAGCACCCGUACCACACCUUCCGCGCCCAUCAGUCCCGCUCUCGGAUGCUGGAGCUCUCAGUGCCAGAGCCAGAGCCUCCCAAGGCCGCUGGGUCGUCCGCCCAGGCAGAGGUUCCCGAGGACGAAGAAGAUUACACAGCUCCUCCCACCCAAGGCUCUCCUAAUACUUUACAGACCAGUGUGUGCCAUCCGGAGUGUGGGGACAAAGGCUGCGAUGGCCCCAGUGCAGACCAAUGCUUGAACUGUGUCCACUUCAGCCUGGGGAGCGCCAAGACUGGCAGGAAGUGCGUGAGCGAGUGCCCCCUGACCUACUUCGGGGACAAAGCAGCCAGGCGCUGUCGCCGAUGCCACAAGGGGUGUGAGACCUGCUCCGGCAGGAGCCCAACUCAGUGCCUGUCUUGCCGUCGCGGGUUCUACCAUCACCAGGAGAUGAGCACCUGUGUGACCCUCUGUCCUGCUGGGUUUUAUGCUGAUGAAAGUCAGAAACACUGCCUUAAAUGCCACCCAAGCUGCAAAAAGUGCAUUGAUGAACCCGAGAAAUGUACCAUUUGUAAGGAAGGAUUCAGCCUUGCACGGAGCAGCUGCAUUCCAGACUGUGAACCGGGCACCUACUUUGAUUCUGAGCUGAUCCGAUGUGCGGAAUGCCAUUCCACCUGCCAAACCUGCGUGGGGCCCAGCAGAGAAGAAUGUAUCCACUGUGCGAAGAGCUUCUACUUCCAAGACUGGAAGUGUGUACCCGCCUGCAGCGAGGGCUACUACCCUGAGGAGACGCCUGGCUUUCCCCACAAAGUGUGUCGAAGGUGUGAUGACAGCUGCCUGAGCUGUGAGGGCUCCAGCCGGAACUGUAGCAGAUGCAAGGCGGGCUUCACGCAGCUGGGAACCUCGUGCAUCAGCAACCACACGUGCAGCAACGCUGAUGAGACCUUCUGCGAGAUGGUGAAGUCCAACCGGCUCUGCGAACGGAAGCUCUUCAUCCAAUUCUGCUGCCGCACAUGUCUCCUGGCUGGGUAGAGGCACCGGCUGCCCUCAAGGACGGAGCCCCUCCUGUCCGUCCAUCUGUCCAUCCACCUCCCUCCAGGCUUUGGUCGGAGCCUGUUCCAGGGCGGUGCCUUGCAUCUGACAGCUUUAUCUCCCCAGGACCCAGGUCCUCCCUCAGCACUCCGGGCACCCAAGCCGGUGGGUGGAGGUCCUUAAGGACGCGCCCUAAAAAUAGAAAUGACACCCUCUCGAGCUCUGCUCGCUGGCUACUGUCUUCUGGCAGACUCAAAACCGUGACAACAUGAAUUCUGAGAAUCCACAGCUCCAGCUUCAGAUCCUAAGUUUACUGAAUCUUCAAGACCAAAGCAGAAAGGAAAGAUGCUUGGCAUCUCUCUUCGCCCUCCUCCGUGCUGUUGUGCAAGUCAUCAGGUGGGCAGGACAUGGGGCGUCCUCAUCGUGACCAAGGGCCCAGCUGCCUACCUGCGCAUCCCUGCUGCCGGCCGCUGAGCAGCCCGGGAGACCCAUCGGUCAGACUAUAAAUAAAACAGGUUCCGGGGCAUCAAACCCAUGACCACUGGGGACAGAAUCUGUUUCUAUGCAGUCAGCUUCUUUGGGAACUGCAGAAGCAUCUUGGAAAGUCCACUGCCAACCCAGAUGGGAGGUUCUUCCUCUCUGCAGCCUUCUCCUGGCAGUGAGCCAAGCUGUCCUCCUGUGUUCAGUUCUGAAGGUGUCUCCUGGGCCCGAAUGACCACCUCUACCUGGAGCGGAACCUUCUGAGGAGGGUUUUGGGACCACACAAAGACACCCCGAUCACCGAGCAGUUCCUCUUAACAAAAUGUCAACCCAGCCCUCAAGUCUUGAUCAUCCGUCCCUUCCCAUUUUACAGAAAGGCUUUUAAAACACAUGUGGCCUCUGCCCUUCGGGAGACGUGCUCUCGUGGCGGAUCUCCUGUGUCUGCGUACAGCACACGCCUACCUGACACAGCUGGACUUACUUCUGCCAAACCUGUGUAGGCAUUUUAUAAGCUACAUGUUCUAAUUUUUACCGAGGUU